ACUAUCAUCAUCUUCAGCAAGAGCACCAACAACUGUCUGGUAGUAGCAACGUCGUUACCAUCUUUUAGUCCACCUACAUUCAAAAUCUUCCUGCUUCAAGGACUUUUGGUGAGAAUCCCUUGAAAUUUACGUAGAUUUCGCUUCUACUGUUUUCUUACACAGUUAAUCAACUGUUUUUUUUUCCCCUCGGAUUCUUUUUUUGGAACCAAUCUCGUUAAUAAUAUCUUGAACUCCCCCACUCUAUCCAUCUCCCGUUUAGACAUUGUCUCGUCUUGCCACUAUCUUAAACAGUUACAUAUUUCAUAACUUCUCUGCCUCCAGUAUAAGCUUUUAACAGUACAUAUACUGUCGUUACGAAUGGUCGUCUACGUAGUAGGGUAGCUGAAAUACUAGCUACGUCGAGUCACAGCAACUACUACGCCUUCCUCCACGCCAUCGCAAACAUGCGACCUCCAAGAAUCGCCAUACUCGCCUUCUUCUUCGCCGCCUGCCUCUUCCUCGUGUGUCGCGCCAUAACAUCGGCCGGACGUUCUACUCCUGCGAUAUCAUCUCCUCAAUCCUCACAAAAAUCUGGUUUUCGAUCGUUCUUUUCCUUCUCGACGCCAUUCAUUCUUUUUCCGCCGAAUGCCGUUAUUACUAUAGCCGACGACAACAGUACCUCAUUUGCUGCGAGGCCGGCCGCUUUCGGACCCCCUUUGCCAAGUAAGGGUUUGAAUGGGCAGUUAUGGAUUGGUAGCGGGUUCACGGAGGAAUCCAUGCAAGAUGGAGAGGGUGAAGGUGAGUUAGGCUGCAGCGACGUACCUGGUUGGGGUGAUGGCAGCUCGAAUGCUGUUUUGAAGCCAUCCGUAAAGGAAAUGCAGCACAAAUACAGACCGGCUGCUGUCGCUAGCAAGGCCAAGAACCAGAAACGAAACGAUUCGAAAGGCCCGCUUGUUGAUCGAACUGCUAUUUCCGAAAUCGAGCCCAAGGCCAAGGCCAAAGCCAAGCCAGUUGAUGACGGAACCGAUGAUUACCUUCACCAGAGGCUCGAUAUGUCGGCCAAGUCGCAAGGCGAAUUGCUUGGUUCUUUGGCUUCGAGCCAUGCCGAUAUUCAAUCGAUACAGGAGGGAGCCGAGAUUGCCGGCAAGAUAGUCUUGCUAAGCCGCGGUGGCUGCGGCUUUUUGGAGAAAGUAAAAUGGGCACAGCGACGAGGCGCAAUUGCUCUUAUUGUCGGCGACAAUCAAAGAGGCGGGCCAUUAAUACAAAUGUACGCCCAUGGAGAUACUUCGAAUGUUACCAUACCGUCCAUAUUUACAUCACGUACGACUGCCUAUUUACUUUCACUCAUGAUGCAGCCCGGAAGCUUUAUAGAAGACCUAGUGGACGAGAAUGGCAAGCCUUCUUUGAAAGUGCAGCAAUCCGACAAAACUCGGAAGAACAAGAAGGCAAGGCACGUAGCUACUUCAGGCCAGCCCCCCAAAACCAGUUCUAAACCCAACAGUGCAAAGAUACCAAUAACAAAAAAGCACUCCCCAGCAAGUAGCGAAGCAUCAGGCUCACGGCUCGCAUGGCUCUCCAAGGCUUUUAGCUGGGGCCCUGGUCCAAAUUUAAAUUCUGCUGCCAGUGGAAGCCGUCCGCCUAGCAGUGGUCAACUUGACUGGGUAGUAGUUGAAGACUUCUCAGAUGAAAAAGACAAGAUUAUCAAGAAUAGUUUAGAGCGCGCCUCUAAGGUCAGGUCGAAUGCCGAUUCCAAGGACAAGACUAAAAAGAUCCCUGAUGACACCUUCCAAAUAGGCGUCGAAGAUUGGCGAGACCCGGACCUCCUUGGUCCUUCCGACAAGGACAAUAUGGCGCAAGAUGCAGCCGAGGGCAAUAGCAAGCCCCUUAAGUCAAAGCCAAAGUCUGAUCAAGCCUCGAACACCGAGCCGUCUGAUAAGAAGCAAGGCGGCAAAGUUUUGAUGAAUGGCAGGGUUACUCCCAACAGUGGGGAGUAUGCCGCGAGCCGUAUGCCGGUUAAAGGGGUCGAUGCCUUUGGGUCUACCAAAGGGAAAACGUCCAUCUCAAGUAGCGGGGGUCUUAUUUCCAAAAUCUUUGGCGAUGAUGAUGACAGUGAUGAUGAUGAGGAUAAUGCGGAUCUUACCAAGUCUAAGCCAAUUAACCCCCCCAAUGUUGGAAAACCUGGUUCUGUUUCUGGAGAAUCCAGCGAAGAGCGAGAAGGCCUUUGGGUCGUCAUUACCCCUUCUAGUGGUGCCAGUCCUUUCUUUGACACGCUCUUGGUCCUGGUUGUCAGUCCUCUUAUCACACUCACGGUAGUAUAUGCCCUACUUAUAUUACGAGCACGGAUUCGACGACGAAGAUGGAGAGCUCCGAAGUCCGUCGUUGAGCGGCUCCCGGUGCGUACGUACCAUACCGUGGCGUCCACCCCAAGCCGUACAUCCAGAGUGCCAUCUCCUACCAGUUCUUCCCCCACAACACCGUUACUUCAGAAUCAACAUGGCCCAUCAAGGCAGAGACCCCGGUCACAGACCACUACUGGCGUGCUGUCAGCGGGGGACUUUAUACAGGCCGAUUCUUCGACACCAAGGUCAACACCUCGUGCCCACGAGAAGCGCAAUACGCAUACCUCAAGUGAGUGGAAGAAGUACAUGGGCCGGCAGGUCGAGUGCGUCGUCUGCCUAGAAGAAUAUGUCGACGGUGUCAGCCAGGUUAUGAGUCUACCAUGCGGGCAUGAGUUCCACGUGGAUUGCAUAACACCAUGGUUGAUAACGCGGCGUCGGACCUGCCCUAUCUGUAAGGGUGACGUUGUCCGGUCUUUGGCCCGUGGGAUGCCGUCUAGCCCACGGUAUGAGCCUUAUCAGGACGAUAGUGACGAUGAUCUCGAUGAACCAGCAACAGCCUCAUCGUUGCCUGACGACCCUCUCGGGCGGGCAGAUGACGCUGAUGUAGAGCAAGGAACGCCAGUGCCCCCUCACACUUCGCAUCAAGAUGGUUGGUUGAAUACUCUUAGAAAUAGCUUUCGAACCGGAUUAUUGUCUCGAUCCAGGCGAGCACCGGAAGAUGACGACAACCGGGAUAGAUAAUAGAUAUUCUAUUUGAGCUGAUUCUACAUAUCAUUGGGCGUUCGGUCACACUAUAGCGACUUGACUUUAUAAAUACAUACUGGGUACGGAUUUGGGAAUGCAUCAUGGAAUAUGGUGAAUAGGCUAAGGGACAGGACUACCAUGUCGGUAGGCGUAAUGAAACGGAUCAGUUACCUCUUGCAGGGCUCUUCGUCCUUUAUAAGUUGCUUUUUUAGAGGAGUGGGGGGGGGCAUUCCAAGACUAGAUCAGGUCCCUAGUAGGUAAUCAUGCGUUGCAUUGCUAACAUGUAACUCUGGGAGUUGGCCCCUGGAUUAUAGACUAUUACGGUCACAGUCGGUAAAUAGCCUAGCCUAGGCCAAACGAGAAUAUCCAGUAUACUCGAUGGAGGUCGUUGAAUAAACUACCUCAUAUUUGAUAUUGAUAUGGAGGGUAAAUGCAUAUAUCGGGUAUGUGGUCCAAGCUCCUGUCGAAAGGGGCAAGUGAUGCUUUAAGAUGGACAAUGAUUGGCUACUUGGAGAACAAGGAUUUCCCUUUCCUAUGACGACAACAUCUGUGUACG